AUGAAUUCAUUACAAGUAUCUCAUCCACAUGAUGAAACAUUUAAUAUUGAUUUUAAUGAACAUAUCAAUUCUCUUCAUAUUUCUCUUAUGAAUCAACUAGAAUUAUUACCAAAUAAGAAUUUAUCUUUUGAACAAAUAUUUAAUCUCAUUCCAAUUAUAUUUCGAUUUCUUUAUAAAAAUCUUCAAUCACAAAAAAAUUUUUCUAAUGAAUAUAAUAAUCUAUCUAAUACUAUUCAAAAUAUAUUUUCAAUUUUUACACAAUAUAUUCAUGAUCGACAUAAUCAUGAAAAUGAAAUAUUCUUUUUUAAAGAUAAAAUUUCACAACUUAUUGGACAAAUUGGUUAUACAAAAUAUUGUUUAAAACAAUAUUGGAUAAUUAUUUAUAGUUUAGAACAUGAAAUAGAACGAUUACAAAUUCUUCUUAAUAAUCCACAAAUUUUACAAAUUAAUCUACAAAAAUUUCAAACAUUUCAAGAAAAUCAAAAAAUUCAAUUAGAUCGAUUUAUAAAAGAUAAUGAAAAAUUAAAAAUUUUAAUUAAUAAACAAAAAGAUUCAAUUCAAAUAGUACAAACACAAAUUGAAAUAGAUCUAAAAGAAUUACAAACAAUAAAACCAAUUUUAGAUAAAAUUAAAUUAAAACAAAAUGAUAUUCAAAAUCAUCGGUUACAAAUAGAAAAACAAAAUUCAUAUCUUCAAAAUAUUUUUGAAACAACUCAAAAUAUGGAACAUGAAUAUAAUGAUCGAAUAAAAACUACACAAAUUCAAUAUGAACUUGUACAAAAACAAUUUCAUGAUUUAAAAAAUACUUUUAAUCAAACUAAUCAAAAUCUAUUAUCAAUUCAAACAAAUGAAACAAAUAUUAAACAAGAAAUAGAAACUAUUAAAAAUGAUAUCACUACAGAACAAACUCGUUCAAUGGCUUGUCAUGAUCAAAUAAAAAAUCUUCGACAUCAUAUACAUGAACUUGAAUUAAUAAAACGUUAUACACAUCAUAUACUUAAAUCUGAAGAACAUAUGAAUUAUACAUUAGAACGUAAACAAUUAAUGUUUAAACAUAAUCGAUUAAAACUUGAUAAUUGUAUUCAUAAUUUAACUAAACAAUUAAUUGAUAUAAUUAAACAAAAUAAAAAAAAUGAAUAUAUUAUAACAAUUAAUAAUAAUCAUCUUAAAGAUCAACAAGAUAAAAUUACAAUAAUGAAAAUAAGUUUAAAAAAACUUAUUCAUUUAAAUAAUAAUUUAGAAAAAAUUUUACAAGAAAAUCAAUUUAUACGAAUAAAUGAACAAGAAAAACUUCAUUCAAUAAAACAAAUAUCAUUUCAAAAUCGAAAACAACUUAUUACAUAUACUAAACGUCUUCAUCUAUUAUCUAUUAAUGAACAUCAUUUAAUAAAUAAAACAAUUCGAAAUUCUUUCGAAAUUAUUCGAUUAAAUAAUAUUUUUCAUAAUUUUAAUAAUACAGAAAAAUAUUUUCAAUCAAUUUUACGAAAGAAAAAAACUGAAAUCAUGAAACGUGAAAAACAUCGUACUUCACUUAGUCGUUCUCUACGUGAUAAUAAUGAUAAAAUACAAUUUUUAAAUAAAAAAAAUCAAUUAAUUGAAAAUGAACUUGAAAGUAAAAUUGAUCAUUUUCAUUUAUUUUAUAAUAAAUUAUUAACACAAAAACAUGAUCAAAUUCUUUUAUCAAAUCGAAAACAAUAUUCUAUUUAUUUAUAUCAACAAAAAUUACAAAUAUUAGAUAAUAUAAAUAAAAAAUAUGAUCAAUUAGAAUUAUUAUCUAAUUAUGAAAUAAAUCAUAUUAUUAAUAAAUAUCAUGAAAAUCAACAAUUUAAAUUAAAUAUUCAUAAACUUAAACAACAAAUAAUGAAUAUGAUGAGUAAAAAUAAACGUCAUUUAGAUGAAUAUUUAUUAUUAAAUGAAAAAAUUCGUUUAUAUACACAAUUAAAUAAUAUUUAUAAUCAACAACAACAACAAUAUUCAUUUCAUAUACAUAAUUUUUCUCAUCGUAUUUUAAAUUUACAACAAGAAAAUAAUCAAUUAUUGAUUAAUCUAGGAAAUUUACAAAAAAAAACAAUGAUGACUACUUUAUAUCAACAUAAUAAAGUAUUAAAACAAGAAAAUUUAUAUCAAAUUAAUCAAAUACUAUCUCAUCGACCAUUAAUUAUUCGUGAUAGUCCAAUACGUAUUCAUAUUCAUAAAGCAUUAGAAGAUUAUUUAACAUUUGUAAAACGAUAUAUGAAGAUUAUUUAUCAAUGUGUACAAUGGCGAGAAAAACUUUCAUGGAUUAAUCAACUUUAUUUUAAAAAAAUUGAACAGAUUCAUCAACAAUCAAUAUCAUUAUCGACAAAAAAUGAAAUGAUCUUACGAUAUCAAAUCGAUUCAAAAAUAAAACAAUGUAAAGCAAUGAAAGCUGAAUUUCGUCUACAAACAUUUUAA